AUGUCAAAACGACUCAUCCCCCUGCUCGAUCGCGUCCUCGUCGAGAAGAUCGUCGCGCCGACGAAGAGCGUCGGCGGCAUCCUCCUCCCCGAGACCGCGGUGUCGAAGGCGCGUAACAUUAACGAAGGGAAGGUGCUCGCGGUGGGGCCGGGCCGGCGCGCCGGGAACACCGCGGAGCUGAUCCCGAUGGGAGUCAAGGUUGGCGACAAAGUGCUCUUGCCGGACUACGGCGGCACCGAGGUGAAGCUCAGUUCGAAGGACGGCGCGAAGGAGACGUUCCUGUACACGGACAGCGAGAUCUUGGGCAUCGUGAGCGACCAGUGA